GCCAUUUGCGGGAAGAGGAACAGCGGACUGAAACAAUUUUAACGUUUUUUUGUAUAGUUGUACAAAGACAUGCAGCGGUUUCUCCAGCAUUUCGUACUAUCAUGGAUUUUAUGUUAGACUAACCGCUGUGUUUUACGAUGCCUCGGCAAUGAACUAUCGUGAAUUUCCUUCUACGAAAACUACAGACCUGUAAUUUGGAAAUCAACAAUGGCUGGCGUUGCUGCGAUGGCCGCUGUUAUUGAAGAUUUUGAGGCUACUCAGCCAUGCAAGAAGUUGAAGAAAGAUGAUGAUCCACCGCCUACAAGGACCAUCACAAAUUAUUUCAUGCCCUUAACCAGGGGUGUGGAGAAACCAUUUUCCCCACCUCGGUCAAACAACAUAAUGGAUUACUUUAGGAAGACCUCUCCUGCUCAGGAAAAGCCAGGAAAAAACUCUUCACAAAAGUACAGUCCCCUUCAAUCCACAGAGUCAUCUGUCUGUCAGGAGGGAUGUGUUAAAUCUGGUAAAGCACAGAGACAAAAACGGCCCGGGAAAUUCAAGGAGCAAAACAAGCUACAGAAGGAGCAGCAUGAUGUGCUCACAGAUAGCUGUGCAGUGAUGGAGACACCAACUGAACAUCUGGUAAAAGGAGGAGGUUGUAUCUGUGUCCCUGGCAAUGACACUGCAGCCUUGCUCUCUCAAAUUAGUGACAUCAUCUUAGAUGAAGAACCUCUUAAAACUAAGAACACAGAGACUUGUGUGAAUGACAGGACAGUAAAGGAUGUUUUACCAAGUUAUAAAGGUAAAACCUUGGAUAACCCAACUCAGGAGGGUGUUAAUAUAGGCAAUGAUGAUGCUUCAACCAGGGAAGACAAGUGUAGAGGUGGAAAGUCUGUGGUGAGGAAAAGCAAGAAGUCAAAGGCCAGUCGGAGUGAAUUGUGUAAUGCUGAGCAUGAGCAGUCUCUGCGUGAUGCUAGUCUGGAAGUCCAUGUGGAUGAGACUUCCAUUCUGAACUGCAGCACUAUUACUGUGUCAUUUGAAGACUUUUUACAAAGCCAGAAGGAGGAAGAGGACACUGCAGUUCCAGAGUCUGAUACCUCUGCUGUAGAUGCCUUAAGUAUUACUAAAAAUGGGAGUGAUAUGGUGUUUGAAGCUCCACAGUUAUCACCAAGAACCCUUACAGUCCUAGCUGAAGUGCAUCCCAUAUCUCCAAAUCAUGAGUCAGCCAAGGGCUCUGAAUUAAGAAUAGCAUCAAUUUUCAGUAAAACUAAAAAAGAGUGCCAAGUAAAAAACUUAAAGACAUCCUCAACUAACCCAUUAGUGUCUGUGGAUGUUCUGCCUGACCUUAAGAGGAAAUCUAAUGUAGUUGUUCAAGAAGAAGAUUUGGAGCUUUUUGUUGUGGAAGCCAGCAACUCCCCUAAGUGCACCAAAGAAGAAAGGAAGCAAUUCAUGAAUGCCUUCAAGCAGCCAAGUCAGGAUGGAGCUAAAGGUAAAAGCAUAAAGGGCUCUGGCACACUGAAGCAGGCCCAGGAGAAAGUUCCUGAGACAAAUGAGAAGGAACCUGGGGAGAAAACUGCUGAGAACAUGCCUGAUGUGACCAUCAGUCAGAGUAUGGAACCGGAAGAUCCUAGCAGUGUUGGGAAGAAUGGAAAUAAGUCUGUGAAGAAAAGUCGCAAAGAUUCAUCUGAAGAUGUAUCAUUGCCCACUCCAAAACAAGAGGAACUUUCCACCUCAGUAGAGAUGGGCAUGGAGAGUGGUUGCACUGACGAGGGUAAUAGGCGAACUGCCAGAGAACUUAGGAGGUCUUCCAGACAACACACAUGCAGACAGACUACUGCUGUGCCUAAAAGAGAUCCAUCGUCUUGUAAGACAAGAAGCCAGAAGAAAGCAGAAGGUUCUGCUGUAUCUCAGGAGCACCCAGCUCAGGCAUCUACCCCAAGAACCCACAGACCCAAAAAAGGUGUUUACAGGGCUGAGAUGCUCUAUCCACUUGACAAAAGAGAAAGCCCUAUUAGAAUGAAAUUCACCAGACUAUUUCCAUCUUCUGAUACCAAAGCUGGAGAAUUUGAAAUAUCGAGUCCUCUUUCAGUGCAGGAAUCAGAUUCAAUGAAGAAAAGAAAACGGGCCAAAAGGUUGAUCCAGAAAGCCAAAGCACUGAAGCAAAGCAAAGAGGCUGUUGCUGGGGAGAUGUCUCCUGUGCGGCGCUCUGUGAGGAGCAAGGAAUCUGUCAAAAUAAAUUACUGUGAGGAUGAGGACUCUGUUGUGUUCUUGGAAGAUGAUUUAAGCAGCAUUGCACCUACAUCUGAAGAAAGCCAGAAAAUGGUUCGUAGUCUGAAUGAUGUUUUAGGCAAGAAAAUACCUCAAAGUAAAGCUUCAAAGAAAACCACAGCUUCCAAACUGGGCCCCUUGUUCCUUGAAAAAAAACUCCAGAGACCCUCUGCAGUGAUCUCUAUUUUUGAUGACAGCAGCUGUGACAGUCCAGAGAACUCUCAAGAUGACGAACAGUUCAGAGCAAAGAGGGAGUUUCUGAAGAGUGGCCUUCCGGAGUCUUUUAAAAAGCAGAUGGCUAAGACGGCAGCUAACAGAGAGGCCUACACAAAGGCCUGCACUUCAUUCCAGCCUGUGGUUCACGUUCAGCAGAAAUUAAUUGAUUGUUCUAUAUGGACUCUUCCAUGGCCUGAGAGUCCCCUGCUUCAUCGCCUGAAGGAGUUUUAUCAUUUAUCAUCAAUGCCACCGGUGUUCUUAGACAGACUUGCCAACCACCCCACUCUACCUGUUCAGAUAACAUGCAGAGAAAGGGUGUCUGUUUGGCAAGAAAACUUUACAGAGACCAUUAGACAGCUUCUGUUGGACAAAAUUGCCACUUCAAAUCCCUCUUUCCCUGCACAGAGGUUUUUUACGAGGUUCCUAAAGAGACAUAAAGACUAUUCCCUGCAGAUUCCUGCAGAGCCUGAGGAUGGCUCAAACAUGGCUUUUUCUGCUGGCUCAAAUGAAUGUGUGGGAGGAAAGCGCAAGCGUGUAUAUGAGGAAGGGAGGGCAGGCAAGCAGGCCAAGAAGCAGAGGUCAAGCCAUACAGCAGAAGAGCCAAUAGUGAUAUCAGAGAGCCCAGUCUCAGAGCACGGGGGAACAGGAGAGGCUGCUGACACUCCAACCCACAGAAGAGGCCGGAAGAGGCAAUCCCGGAGGAGCAAGCAGAAUGAGGGGGAGCAUAAGUCUGUAGUGUUGUUGACGCCUGAAAAGAUCCAGUGUGACUCUCCAGUUGAUUCCUCAACUACAGGGACUGUCGGUGCAAAAGAUGGUGUGAGGGAGGAUGUGCUAUGGACUGAGAAGUACCAGCCACAGCACUCUAGUGACAUCAUUGGAAACAUGGCUUCUGUUGGGAAGGUGCACAGCUGGUUAAAGGAGUGGAAACUCAGGGCUAACCGUGAAGAGAGAAGGAAACGGCAGGAGCAAAAACAAGGGGAUGACAGUAAUGAUUCUUGGUUAGGAGACGAUGGUGUCGAGGAGCUGGCGGAAGAUGAAGACCAGCUGUGUAACACCUUGCUAAUCACAGGCCCCACUGGAAUUGGCAAAACCGCUGCGGUAUACGCCUGCGCACAGGAGCUGGGCUUUAAGGUGUUUGAGGUGAACUGCUCUUCUCAGCGAAGUGGUCGCCAGAUCUUAUCUCAGCUGAAGGAGGCCACACAGUCUCACCAAGUGGACAUCCAGGGGGUCAAUACCAAUAAGCCCACCUACUUCAACAGCUACAGUACUUGGGGCAAUGCUUCUAAACUCGGCUGCUCACCCAGGAAAGUGAACUCCCCUAGAACAGUUGUGUCAUCUCCCAGGAAACCCCCCCAGUCUCCUCGAGGUGCUACACUGAGGAAAAGAAACUUGGCACCUACUUCACUAGCCAGUUUCUUCAAAAUGGGUGGGAAGCCCGAAGCCAGGGGUGCUGCAUCUCAAAGACACUGUCCCAAGAAAUCUGCCAACAUGGCACAAGUUAGCUGCAAGAGUCAAGAGCCUGACUCCCAGUCUUCAGUUGAAGAGCAAGGCAAGAAGACUGCCACAUCUCUCAUCCUGUUUGAAGAGGUUGAUGUCAUAUUUGAAGAUGAUUCUGGAUUCUUGGCUGCAGUUAAAACCUUCAUGACCACAACCAAGAGACCGGUCAUCCUAACAACCAGUGAUACAACAUUCAGCACAGUGUUUGAUGGCUACUUUGAUGAAAUCCCUUUCAAAGCUCCUACUGUGGACCAUGUGGCGAGUUACUUGCAGCUCCUGUGUUUGGCUGAAAACGUUAGGACAGAUACUCGGGACCUGGUGGAUUUGCUUCGCUGGAAUAGUUGUGACAUUCGGCAGAGCCUCCUGCACCUGCAGUUCUGGUCCCGCAGUGGAGGAGGACACCAGGUCCAGCAGAGAAUCUCGCUAGCCGAAGCCCCUGAGGUUGAGGUGAAGAGAGAAGCUGUUGAAGUAGAGAACAUUUCUUCUGGUAGAGAGCUACAUCCAGCCAGUUUACCACCCUGCCAUACUGGAUGCACAGAGUCUGUUUUGGGUCUCCUGAACAUCCAGCAAGAAAAGACUGUAGAGGACUUGUUUAGAUGUGAACCUACGGCUGUAGAGACUCUGAGGAGCUGGGAUCUUCUCUCAGAGACUGAAAGGAGAGGUGUGAAUCUGCUCUACACAAACUUGGAGGUGCUCCUGCCACUGCCCACUCGUCCUUUGCCUGAGCCCACUCUUGAUCUGCAACCAGGACCAAACCCAGACCCCCAGCCUGGCCUUUUAGCCAGACAUGGCAGUAAAGUGGAGAAUGAUGAGAACACAGCUAACAUGAGCCCUCUAAAAGUUUCCUCCAGAAUGAGGCAGAAAAAGCAACUGUAUGCGGACCAUAAAAAUGCGCUUAAUUCGGACUCUGAGUCAGACGAAGGAUUUCUGUCCCUCCCUAACCCUAACUGUGAUGCUGCUGGGGACCAUACUUUAAGGCCAGCACAGGGUCAAGAGCCACGGGCAUCUAAAGCUGCUCCCGUGAGGGUGAUGAGGGUCAAGCUGGCUGACACUGAGAGGAAGAAAAGUAAACCUGUAUCACAGUGCCUGAGCUCCUUAGCUGAGUAUCUGGAUUAUGUGUCAUUCAUGGAUUCUGCUUUGCACUUCCAGCCUCGGACGGCAGAGGGUGCUUGUAGACCACAGUCCUUUAACUGGACAGGCGCAGCAGUCAAGAGUGGAAUGACUGAUGAAGUUUGUCUGGAGAGCGGUGGCUAUACGAGUGCAUUUGACUCGAAAGAAAUCCAUGCCAUGCUAGGUAGUCUGAGCUUUUGGAAGUGCAGGGCUGGGAUCUCUAAAGCGUGGACUGUGGCCCAGGAGUUGGAGGAACAGAUCAGGAAAGAGGCUGUGGAGGAGCUCACUCUUCCUAUAGCCUCACACAGGCAAAAUUUCAGCCUUGCGCAGAGUACACUCUGUGAACCAAGGGUGAUGGAAGUGAGGAGGGAUGUGAUGAGCACAGUCCUCACCAACCGGUCAUUCUGCACUCUGGGCAACAGGUUGGCAGCAGUGAUGGACCACCUGCCCUCUCUGCGCACCAUCUGCAGAUCAGAGAGACUGAAAGAACAGGGCAGGGUCAAACGCAGAUUCAUGCACUACUUCAAUACCAUUAACCUUGAUCUUCCCAAAAGCACUAUUCAGCAGCUAGGUUCAGAUUUUCCUUGAUUCAUUUGAUCAUGAAGCAGAGGUUUGUGGCAGCUGGUUAAAAUGAAUUUGUACAGUAUUGUAAUAUACUUUUAUUAGGAGUGUGGGGUUUUUUGUUUGUUUGGUUUUGUUUUCUGUUUCUUGUUUUUUGGACUUGGUAGAGAGUGGAUAGUACUUGAUUGUUUUAUCUAACCUCGUGUGGAGAGCUCAUCUUUUGUACUCUGUUAUACGGUAUAUUUUAUUGAGUAAUAAAUGUGAACCAUGCAAAUUGUCAAAACAUGUUUCCUCUGAAAAUGUAUCUAUUGUAACAUUAAUUAUUUUUUAAUUUUUGUAGAUGCCACAUAAACAGGUCUUUGUUUUUAUCUCAUAUUUGCUUAUUCACCUAUUCACUGCAAGGUGGACUGCUUGAAAGUUAGACACAUUUUUGGGUACUUAAGUUUAUUUUUCAUUUGUAGUUCUAUUAUAAUUAUAUAAACUAUAACUUCACUUUCUUACUUUUCUAUAAUUUCAACACGCAUAUUGUUCAUAAUUAAUAUUUACAAAUUUCCCUGUUUAAUUUUAAACAGUGAAAACAAAGACAAUAAAUGUGAAUAUUUUUCACGACAGAAGACUUGAUUACAUCUUACGGUAUUCUGUAUGACUGUUAUACUGUAUCAUUUGUUUUCCUAAGUCAGACUUCUACAGUAAUGUGUCGGUUUCAACGUGAACAAUCUAUAAGUAAAUAAACACUGCAUCUUAUUGGUUCGUU